AUGUCUCAGGCGUCUCCGCUCGCCAAGCCCUCCGACCCAAGCAAUCCCCGGGUCUUCCUCGAUGUGGACGUUGGGGAGGAACGAGCUGGCCGAAUUGUAUUGGAAUUGUUUGCCGACAUUGUACCUAAAACUGCUGAGAACUUCCGUGCAUUAUGUACUGGAGAGAAAGGUAUUGGACCCACAACUGGAAAGCCUCUUCAUUUUAAAGGAUGCCCCUUCCAUAGGAUUAUUAAGAAAUUUAUGAUCCAGGGAGGAGACUUCUCAAAUCAAAAUGGAACAGGUGGAGAAAGUAUAUAUGGGGGAAAAUUUGAAGAUGAAAACUUUCUUUACAAGCACGAUCAGCCAGGCCUGCUCAGCAUGGCAAAUGCAGGACAGAAUACAAAUGGUUCUCAGUUCUUUAUAACAACUGUACCAACUCCUCAUCUUGAUGGGAAACAUGUAGUCUUUGGACAGGUGAUCAAAGGCAUGGGUGUUGUAAAGCUUCUAGAAGAUGUUGCCGUGAAAGGGGAAGAACCUGUUAAGAAGUGCAUUAUUGCAGAAUGUGGAGAGCUGAAGGAAGGAGAUGACUGGAGAACUUCUCCAAUGGAUGGUUCUGGAGAUAUUUACCCAGAUUUUCCUGAAGAUUCUGAUAUGGACUUUACGGAAACCAACAAGAUUUUAUCUGUAGCAGAAGAUAUAAAAAAUAUAGGCAACACAUUCUUCAAGUCUCAGAACUGGGCUGUGGCACUAAAGAAGUACAGCAAGUCUCUAAGAUACAUAGAAACUUCUCUUGCUGUAGCAGGGAAGGAAGAUUCAGCAAAACUGGAUGCUGCAGCUUUGACCUGCUACCUAAAUAUUGCUGCAUGCAAACUGAAACUAGCAGAGUGGCAUGAUGCAAUUGAAAACUGCUAAGUAUUGUUCAUUGCACAGGUUCUGGCCCUCAAUCCUACAAAUACGAAAGCACUUUACAGAAGGGCUCAAGCUUUGGAAGCGACAAGAGAUUAUGAUCAGGCAUUGGCUAACCUCCAGCAGGCUCAAGGCAUAGCUCCUCAAGACAAAGCUAUCCAAAUGGAAAUACAGAAGAUUAAGCAGAAGAUAAAGAACCAGAAGGAAAAAGAGAAGGCAGCUUACGCAAAGAUGUUUGCUUAAAUUGAGUUUUUUGUUCCUUU